UGCGUAUGCCUAGCGCGGGUGUGACAGAAAUUACAGAAAUCGAUUAAACAUUCGUACAGCUGGUGCAGACAAGUUACAACUUUGCUGUGAUAGUGUAAAUACACGUGUCCAACAAUGAGUAAAUCUCCCGGUAGCGUAGUGUCGUCGGAUGAAACACAGAGUGCCGCCAGUGAUGAAUCGUUGGUUAUCUCAGCUGCUACUUCACACACCUCACUCAGAUCUAUUGGAAUAACCAAAGUGGUAAAGAAACCACCGAAAGACGAACCGACUGCGGCGGGAGUCUCGAUGGCCCGAGAAAGACCACCAUGGCGUCCCGCAAGUCUCACUGCUGUACCGCCACCACCCAAACCAGACAUAAAAGCGCGGCUACUUGAGGCUUCCAAGCGUAUGCGUCGCGUCAAUGCAGUUGUGCAGACGGAUCCGGUCCAUACGAAACUGAUGAAGGAAGUGUCCACCGACGAGCAGACCGAUUUGAUUCCGAUGGUGGAUGAAGAAAUAUUGACCGAUGGCAAUCUGGUCAUACGUGAAGUUGGCAACCUGAUACUUACGCAUUCCGUGGCGCAAAUGACGGAUGGUGUGGAAACGUGCGAAAGCGGUACACAGACCGCCAUUCCUCGGAGUGGAAUAUCGUUCCGAAAGUUCCUAGAACCGAUCGAUCAUCAGACUAAUCCGAUUGCUCACUCGUUUAAACUCUCUUCAGAGGAAGAUCAUUUAGAAAUAGAAGGAAGAAAGCAGGAAUCGGGACAAAAACAAAUCAUAUUGCUCUCCACCGAGUUAGAACCACACGGGGAAAGUUUUGGGCACGAUCCUACCGAACCAUGCUCAUCUCAGAGUGGUAGUGAUAGUAUGAAAGAAACGAAUACGCCAGAUCUGAUAAGUGAUAACUGUGACGGUGAUCCAUCUCCACACCGUACCGCAACCUUGCUAGAAACGCCCACAUUCGCUGCUUGGCAAAAUCUGGACUUUUCCGACGAAGAGUCGGAAAGCUACGUUCCCCGUGAGCUACCGCGUCGACCGAUCGGUGAAGGCGAUCGUCCGUGGGCAGAGUUUAAGGAUCUAGUGAUUGGAUCAAGGGUGGCUAACAUGCGUCUUUCACCCGUACCACCGCGAAGACCUCGCGCACCCAAUCAAAAGACAGUUACGUGGAGCGACAGACAACACCGAGCAGUAUCGAAGUUGAUAAAUGAAGCAUCGGCACUGGUGGAUAUGUUCGAUCAUGUAUCGCUACUGCUCGGACCGGAUAUUACACUACACAAGCUACCACCGCAGCAAGAGUUUCAUCUGCCGCCCGCGAAGUGGGAACCACUGUUGACGAAAUCGUGCGAUUUGCUAGAAGAAAAGCUCGCCCAAGUAAGGCAUCUUUCGUUGAGCGAUUUUGAAAGCCAAGGGUUUCCGAUGGAACCGAAAGUACCAUCCAACAUCUCGCCCAUUCUAUCGGACGUUGGUCCGGAAGAUAUUUAA